GUAUAAUAUGAUAAAAGCUAAAACUGAAGAAAAUGGCUAAUUCUCUCAAAUAAAUAUUUAAAAAUCAAUAAACAAUUUAUUUUAUGUUCACUUAUUUAUAUCUUUAUCAGAAUAAGUUAAUUCUAAUAUUCAGUUGUUGACAAAAAUUUGUAUUGAUCCAUCAAUAAAAUAAUAGCAAAAAGUCCUCUUCAGAGCUCUUCUCAAGGUUGGCACCGUAAAAUGGCGGUGUCUUUAUGUAGUAAAAGAUUCAAAUUGCAUUUAAAAAACUCUCUUAUUCAACAAUAUAGAAAGGGCUACAUAGUUUUGCUACCUGAACUUGAGCCAAAUCUUCCCGAACAAAAUCCUUUAUUUAAAGAUGGCUAUCCCAACUUUGAAGACAUCGAAACUGAAAAAGUUGUCACGACUUUGGGAAAACAUCUUCUAGAUUUUGAGCACCAAACUCAUGUUAUAACAAAGCAGCUUGAGGUACCAGAUAAUGAAGGAUCCAAAGACGAACACACGCCGGAAUUCAUCAAAAAGGUGGCCGAACCUCUGGAGCGAGUCGGCAUUCCGCUGGCAACGUCGUGGGGCAUUGCCAAAACACUCUACCUCACCAAUUGCCAGCUUAUGCCCGCCAACAAGUUCGCACCACUCAACUCCAGAGCGCAUGGUGCCUCCUGCUCCAAGUAUGUCAGUCCUACCAUCUAUGAAGCCAGCAAGUCUUGUGAUGAUGAAAAGUUAUCAGAAGAAGAACAUAGACUGGUGGAGAAGUUUCGAUUGGAAGGUGCUUUGAACGGGCUAGCUCUCUCUCCGGAAAAACGUGAACUCCACCAAAUCUACAAGCAAAGGCUAGCGUCUGAACAGGCUGAUUUCAAGAAAAAAGUGCAGAUUAAUAAGCAGUUUUUCAAGACACCCGUUACAGAUCCUCAAAUUGUGGCUGGAUUCCCUGAGAAGCUCAUCAAACAGAUUUCUCUAGAUAAAAAUGAACCUAGUCGUGGUCCAUGGUCGGUACCUGUGGAUUCUCGUAUAAGAGAUAAAUUUCUAGAAUAUUGUCCAGACAAAUUUCUGAGAGAGAAAGUUUGGAUAAACUCGAUUAUAAUAGGAUCAAAUGAAGCAGCUUCCAACGAACUCAAAAACAGCUUCAGUUUAGAGAAAAUACGUGAAUACAGAGAAAGUGAAGCGAAAGUUUUAGGUUAUGAACACUACGCUGCUUUAUCAAUGGAAACCAAAAUGGCAGGAUCAUUAGAUAACGUCCUUGGAGCUCUAGAGUUGCUAAGAGAAAAAGCUAGACCAGCACACGAAAAGGAAUUGGCAGAACUACAAAAAUUCUGCGAUAAGAGUGGAUUUAGGAGUAAAUUGACACUGGCUGACAUUCCCUACUGGCAGCGCAAAAUGAAAAAAUCACUUUAUAAUUUUGAAAAUGAAGAACUUCGCGAUUAUUUCCCGAUGGAGAAGGUAAUGAAUGGUGCACUGGAAUUGUGCCAGAGGUUGUUUGAUAUUCGAAUCCAAGAGUCGGACAAAGUCAGCACCUGGCAUCCGCAGGUCAAGUUUUUCCACGUUUUUGAAGGCGACAGUACUCAACCGAUUGCUGGCUUCUACCUUGACCCGUUUGCCAGGGAGGAAAAGGUACAGACUGUCGACCACGACUGGGUUGUCAGUAUUAGACCGGCGCACGCGAUGGAUGGCAAGCGAGCAAUGCCACUGUCAGCAGUCAUUCUCAAUGUUGCUCCUCCCGCCUACGGCAAACCUGCUCUCAUGUCCUUCACCGAGGUGGAAAGCUUCUUCGGACUGAUUGGUAAACUGUUACAACAGUUGCUUUGCUCUGUUACCUAUUCUGAUCUGUCGGGUCUCUCGAAUGUAGAGUGGGACACAGUGGCUGUAUCAUCGUAUUUCAUGCAGCAUUGGCUUUACAACGAGAAAGUGUUGAAAAGCAUAUCCGGGCAUUACUCUACUGGCGCAGAACUUCCUGUAAAAGACAUCCAUCUAUUACCUCACCAUAUGGCUGCAACCAGUCUCUGUGCAGAACUUUUCAAAGCUAAUUUGGAUCUAAAGCUUUUCUCUCAAACGACGUUCUGGAUAGAUCUGGUGAACGGGCUGUGGGACCAGCACUUUGCGGUGCCCCAGCACCCCAGCUACAACGAGCCACUGAGCAUGGUGGACAUAGUGUGUGACAGCUGGACGGCCGCCUACUACUCGCACCUCUGGUCCCGGAUGCUGGCAGCCGACAUCUACAAUGCAUUUCUAGAAGAGGACGCCGACGAGGCCUCUGUUGGAGCCAGAUUCCGUGGAACGUACCUGGAAUUUGGAGGUGGUUGUGACCCCCAUGAAGUAUUUAGGAGGUUCCGUGGACGGGAUCCAUCACCAAACGCUUAUCUUAGGUAUUUAGGAUUGUUGCAUUAGAAUAGGCUUACUUGUUGACAUUAAAGAGUUUAUUACGUAUAA